AUGAUCCUGCCCACCGGGUUCUCGUUCGAUACAACCCUGGGUGGAGGAAGGCCUGUAGGAGACUUUGGAAGUGGGGGCUUGGACAGACGAUCAAACCUGUAUCCCGUGAUCCCAAAGAUGACGCAAGAAAAGACUAAACUUUUGUUGAGUCUGAUGCUCCUUCUCUUCUCCUUUCCUUCUAAAAGAGGGUCAGCCCGUGGACGUGCCUCCAAGUGCCACCGCUACCCCGGUGCCGAUCCUCUUCCUUCAGGGGGGUCCGGCAUACCUUCUUCAGAGAGCUUUGCCCACUUGGUGACGCCCCUUCCCGAAGCUCUUCAGCUUCAGCGUGUGUUACCGCCUCCGUCUGCAAGGUUUCGUGAGAGUCAACACUCAUGUCACCAUCGUAUGGGGGGGUACAAAGUCUCCACAAGCAAGUGGGCACUAACCACCCACGACACCGCUGCGCUCUUGGGGCCCCACUUUGUUCCCUUUGCCCUCGGGAGGGAUAGUCGGAGGUUCACUAUCGGUUCCGCUGGACGACGUGGAGAACACGUGGAUGUACGAGUCGUCCAAGACCGCUCUGGGUACUGCUCAGGAGGCCAGGGUUCCGCCUACCUGUGGCUGGGUGCAAACGACAUGAGGACAGAGAGCGAAUGGGUGUACUGGACGUCGGGUGAACCCUUGGCGUGGGAGGGGCCGUGGCGAGGCGCCGGACCCAACGGAGGUAAUGUCGAGAACUGCCUGGUUAUGCUGGCUGGUGAUUUUCCGGGGCUGUGGUCGGACAUUGCCUGCCUCGACUCCUAUGCCUUCUGCGUCCCGUGCGAGUUCGACCACUUGUCUGUCCUCUACCUCAAGGGCGCCAUGUUGUGUGAGGGAUCUCCGAUUAACAAACAAUAUAUUGUGUCCGAAGAGAAGAACGGACGCCCGUUUCUAUCUGGAUUCCUGCAUUCGGAUAUUUUCUGGGAUCCAGGUGCUGGCAGCUGGGUUCUUCUGUCUCUCAAAGAGGAGGGGGUUAGAGCCACAUGGACACCAUCAAGGGAGGGAUGUAUCCGUUCGAUGCAAACGGGAACCGAGAUUCCUCUCACGCUAUCAGUCUGCGGCAAGGGAGAAUUUACCUGUGCUGACGGUAACUGCAUCGACCUCUCACUGAGGUGUAACCUACGCAUCGACUGCCCAGAUGAGAGUGACGAAUCCCUGUGCUCCGUGGUCGACAUCCCGCCCGGGUACAACACCAACAUCCCGCCCCCCUCCCCACAGAAGGAAAAUCCCCUGGACGUCAAGGUAGGGAUCCAGCUCAUCGCCUUCCCGUCUAUCGUCACGCAGGACCUGUCCAUGACAGCGACGUUCAAGCUCUCUCUGCAGUGGAAGGACGUCCGGCUGAAUUACUUGAACCUCAAGGAGGAUCGCAGCCUCAACAAGCUUUCCUCUGAGGAAGUGGCCGAUAUCUGGACUCCGAGAGUGCACUUCAGUAACGCCCUGGGCAACGUCUUUACCAACCUGGAUCCCGGCUCCACGCUCGAGUGUUUGCGGGAGAGUCCUUCCUCGCCGGGGCCGCCUUACCUGCCAGUGGAAGUUAAUAUCUUCUCCGGGAGAGAGAACAGCCUGCAGAUGAGUCAGCUGUACCACGUGACCUACACCUGCGAAUUCGACCUCGUUAUGUUCCCUUUUGAUUCUCAGGUGUGUUCUCUGCGGUUUACGAUGGUCUCCGCGUCGGCGCCUUACCUGCGUCUGACGGCUUCCAGGGCCCUCUACACCGGGCAGAAGGACCUCAUCGAAUACACAAUCCGUAACGUCAGUGUGGAAGAGGGAACAGACGGCGACUUCUCCGCGGUCACUGUCUACGUCCGCUUCUCACGCCGGUACGAAUUCUACCUCUUGACGCUCUACAUCCCCACGACCCUCCUCAUCCUCAUCGCCUACAGCACCUUCUACUUCAACCCAGUCAUCUUCCAGCCCCGCAUCAUCGUCGCCAUAACGGCCCUGCUCGUUCUGUCCUCCUUGUUCACUCAGACCUCGAACGCCUUGCCCAAGACGUCCUACUUCAAGAUGGUUGAUGUGUGGCUUUUCUUCUCCAUCCUCAUCAUCUUCAUCGUCGUCUUCAUCCAAACCCUGGUGGAGUUUUCUUCGCUGGAGACUGUGUUUGCAUUUAAGCGAAAAAAUAAAAUAAUUCAGAUCCAAAAUACCAAGAGCAAGUCCGAGCCGCCACCUCCCCUUCCCCUUAACCUCAAGAUCCUUCUCGUCGGGAGGUUCCUCAUCCCCCUAAUCGUCGUGAUCUUCAACAUUGCCUACUGGACGAAAGCCUUGUGGUAA